GAAAGAGCGAGUGCGAGUACGAGCGCAAACAGCUGACGCCAUUGAACGAAUGCGAUGCUCGUUUGGGGGAAAAUUCAAAUUAUUGCAACAGUUAUGCAUAUCGAGCCACGCGGGUCAGACGAGUCGUUAAGCUCUCGGUCGAUUUAAAUAAUUACUUAAGUUAAACAAAACGAUUCCGAACGAUGCGAAUAAGAAACAAAUAAAACGCUUGAUUGAGUUUAAGCGUUUGUUUAUUAAGAAAAGAUAAAAUUCAAGUGCAAAUCGAACAUUACAAUAAUCAAGUUUUAAUAUCAAGUUUGACGUAAAACUGCAAUCUCCAAAACAAACCAAAGGAACAUAAAAGAAGGAAAGACGGUGACGGUCACACACAUUCGCACAUCAACAAAUACAACUAACGAUACAAAUACAAAAUGUUGCGCAAUACGCCUUUUGCUGGCACGCCCACAUACAAAUUGCUGCUGGGCUUUGGUCUCUGCUCAUUGGGCAGUGCCAUGCUUUAUGCCUACUUCAAGACGCGCCACGAUGACAAGGAGGAGGAAGAGAACAAGAAGCGUGUAACGAACGAGCAACAGCAGCAGCAACAACAACAGCAGCAGAAACAGCAACAAAAGGAAAUCUGUCUCAAAAUUGUUGUGGACAAUGACCAUGUGCCAUUGAUAAUUGGACGCGGCGGGGCCAACAUUAAGCUAAUUGAGGAGAAAACCGGCGCAAAGAUAAGAUUACGUGAUAAGGACACCUCUCAGAAGUUCUGCGACAUCAGCGGAUUUCCGGAUGCAGUGAAGGCGGCACGUGUGAUGCUCAUCAAGGAGAUUGAGCGGGCGCCAAUUGUCAAAGUGGAGCUACUGAUACCACAGCGACUGGCCAACAAGAUCAAUGGACGCGGUGGUGAGAUAAUCCAAGACAUUAGUCGCAGCUCGCUGGCAAAGAUCAGCAUCGAUCCGAAUGGACGCAAUGGCAAAGCGAAGAUCACCAUCGUGGGCAACCAAAAGCAGGUGAACAUUGCCCGCAAGCUGCUCGACGACCAGAUCGAGGAGGAUGAGCAACUGCGUCUCGAUGUCGACGAGGUGGAACAGCGCCGGGAGCCACGUCGCUCACCCACCAACAUGAGCAUGACCUCCAGCAUGUACUCAUCGCAGACAUCGCUCAGCUCUCAGCCACCUCGGGAUAAACUGAUGGCCGCCCGUGGCGACGAGAAGCCCAUGGAGGUGUAUGUCUCUGCGGUGGCAUCGCCCACAAAGUUCUGGGUUCAAUUGGUGGGGCCACAGUCGAAGAAACUGGAUGACAUGGUCAAGGAGAUGACCAGCUACUACAGCAGCGCCGAUAAUCGCGCCAAGCAUCAGCUGACAGCUCCCUAUGUGGGUCAAAUUGUGGCCGCUGUCUUCAAGUUCGAUGAGAAAUGGUAUCGUGCCGAGAUUGUCGAUAUCAUGCCCAAUCAGUACAAUCCAAAGGAGCAGGUCAUUGACCUAUACUUUGUGGACUACGGAGAUAGCGAGUAUAUAUCGCCAGCUGAUAUUUGCGAACUGCGCACCGACUUCCUUACCCUCAGAUUCCAAGCGGUUGAAUGCUUCUUGGCUAAUGUCAAGUCAACCAUAACUGAUGAGCCCAAUACCUGGCAAAAGUCAUCCAUAUCCAAAUUCGAGGAACUCACAGAGGUUGCCCAUUGGCGUAAAUUGAUCGCGCGCGUUGUUACCUACAAGGAGCGCCCAAAGAUCACCAGCAAAGCUGUCAAUGCCGCACAACGAGAGGGAACACCUUUACCCGGCGUCGAGCUAUUCGAUCCCACAGAGGGAGCCGAGCUGAACAUUGGGGAUCUAAUGAUAACGCAGGGAUUCGCCCUGCCACUAGAUGAUACGUAUCCAGUGCGAUCACGUUCCAGCACGCCAUCGAAUCACAGCGAUUCAACCAUUGAGGAGUUGUGUGCCACAAAUACGCCGCUGACGCCCCUCACACCACACUCCCCGAUGUCGCUAUCAAUCACAAAUGAUGUGGAAAGCGUGGAAGAUGCACACUUUGCAUCUCAGUUGCAACACUUGCAGCACAAACUCAAUGGCAAUGGCAAUGGCAAUGACUUGACUAGUAUCAAUCCGGUCAAACUGACCCAUGACGACUUGCAGAAUAGUAAUGUCCAGUCCAAUAACUCACAAGGAAAUGUGGCUUGUUAAAGGGGGACUCAUCCCCAUCCUUCGUGUACCACACUCAUUGUUAAUCUUAGUUAUGCUCUCGCCUUAUCUACUAUUAUUGUAUGUAGUUUUGUUUCAUCCGACAAAAAGGCAGCUCACCACUUGACGUACAUACAUAUCUACAUGUAUAUAGAAGCGUAGUCUGUAAGCGAUUUAAUUUUUACGUUUAGGUAUUUUUGAAAAAACUUUGUUUAAUUUAUCUACUUAAAAUUGGCUGUUUACUUGUGGGACAUAUCAUGCCCUUAAACUUAAACUGAUGAACAAAGCACACAAAUUUGCAUAUAACUU